CCAAUCAGAAGCGGGAAUUUCUUCACCUAUACCUUUAAUCAACUCCGGUUAAAUGGAGAAUCCAUUUUUUUGGCGCCAACUUUAUUUUCUGCUGUCAGAUGUCGCCAGCCAUCCCAACAACUUGUGCGUUUGUUUGACUGCAGGCACGAAAAUUGAAGUUGUGAGCGCAGCGACGAGCACGUUUUCCUUUAUUAGUUCAACGUUUGUUUUCGGUGAUUUAAAUUCAGAGCCACUCCAACUGCGCCAUGUCGGCGGAUAUUAACUUUGAGACGAUGACGAUGGACGAGUACAAGAGCAUGAAACAAUUCGACAUAACCUUUGGCAUUGUACCAACCAAAUUCGGCCAGUGCCUCAUUGGCACGCACGACACCAAAAUCUGCUACAUGUCUUUAUUUGACGAAGGUAAAGAUAAUUCCGCCAUUGACUUGCUGCAACAAGACUGGCCCAAUGCUAAACUCAAAGAAGACACCAAGACUGUAGAAGACCUAGCAAAAAGUAUUUUCAGUAGAGUUGAGCAGGAUAGCAAUGAUUCCACAGAAAGUGCAGAUUCAGCUCCUGAGGCAGCAGCAGAUGAGGACAAAUCUGCUGAGCAGAAACCAAAACUCAAUGUACUGCUCAGGGGCACUGAGAUGCAGUGCAAAGUGUGGAAGGAGCUGACUAAGCUCAAAGAAGGCACAAUCAAUUAUGAACAGAUCGCCAAAGCCGUUGGUAAUCCGCGAGCAAUUCGCGCCGUCGCCACAGCUAUAUCAAAGAAUAAGAUAGCGUAUGUGAUUCCGUGCCAUCGCGUCGUGCGCAAAACCGGCGCGCUCAGCAAGUACCGCUGGGGCCCCGAACGAAAAAUGAAGAUUCUCGAGUGUGAGGGCGUCGCCGAGCAGUAACCCACCAACAACCAACGAUUACCAUUACGUUUACAUUUAGAUUUAUAGUUUGUAUACCAAGGAGACACGCAAAGCAAAUUUAUUUUCUUAGUUAUUAA